AUGCGGACAAGCGGACAAGCGACGCACGGCACUCUGUACCGAGAGCUUGACGACCGCAAUAUUGGGUCGGUGAGGCUCACACCACCAGUGCCUUCUGCACUCCACCACACCGACAUAUGGCGGACGCAAUGCAUACUCGGCACAGUCAGCAAGGUUUCCUCGUCCCCGGUGCUUGUGGAGACUUCUGGACAGCAUGUUACACUCUCGCUUGCACUGUACCUCUCGCUUCUUGGCCCAGAGCUGCCGCCUGCCGAAAGGAAGCCCGACCAAGCGAGGGCGAAUGCCCGACCACCUGACGGUUCUAUUACUAUUUUGUCCCCCUUGACAGCUCCGCACUGCAACUCCUCACUGGAGGCACUAACGCAGGUCUAA